AUGGUCAAGACUUCCGUCCUCAACGAUGCGCUCAACGCCAUCAACAACGCUGAGAAGGCUGGCAAGCGCCAGGUCCUCGUCCGUCCUUCUUCCAAGGUCAUCAUCAAGUUCCUGAGCGUCAUGCAGAAGCACGGCUACAUCGGUGAAUUCGAGGAAGUUGACGACCACCGCGCCGGCAAGAUCGUCAUCCAGCUCAACGGCCGUCUCAACAAGUGCGGUGUCAUCAACCCCCGCUACCCCGUUCAGCUCGGUGAGAUCGAGAACUGGGCCGUCCAGCUCCUUCCUUCUCGUCAGUUCGGUUUCGUUGUCCUGACCACCUCCGCUGGUAUCAUGGACCACGAGGAGGCCCGUCGCAAGCACGUUGCUGGCAAGCUCCUCGGUUUCUUCUACUAA